AUGUCCAGUGCUUCGGAAAACGUGUUUCGGCAACUGUUUCAGAACUGGAACUCGCGAGCUGCACAAGCAAACACAAGCAGUAACCGUCCCGUGCUUUCGGAAUGGUCAGAUUACUUUAAAUCUGGAGCAAACGACUUUUACAAUAGAUUGCCAACCUCAGUGCAAGAUCUCACUAAUACCGGCAGUGACCCCAGCAACGUGCAAGAGCCUUUCUGGUUCCAGCUUUCUAGGUUGGAGCGGUUGAUUGGAUUUGCCUGCUGUCUCGGUGCGUCCAUAUUGUGCUUUAUUGUGUGUUUCUUCAUGUUCCCCGUGUUGGCAUUGCGGCCAAGGAAGUUUGCCCUUUUGUGGACUGGAGGAACAGUCUUGUUUGUCACGUCUUUUGGGGUCCUCCAAGGACCGUACAACUAUGUUCGCCAUCUUUUAUCGCGAGAUCGAAUAGUGUUUACGACAAUUUUUUUUUUGUCCAUCUUGAUGGUUCUUUACUCAAGCGUGGUGUUAAAGAGCACUAUAUUGACAAUCAUGUCCAGUAUUAUUGAGAUUUUCGCGGUGCUUUACUACGCCGUGAGCUACUUCCCCUUUGGUGCAACCACGUUGACUUUCUUCACCAGCUAUAUCAUGGGAUACUUGGGAGGGUUCAUUGGAGGUAUAUUGUAA